GCGCGUGCCAGGCAUGGCGGGCACGGCGAGGCCGGCCUGGUCCCCGGCGAUGGCGACGUCGCUGGCGGCGACCGUCCUCCCUCCGCUGCUGCUGCUGCUGCUGCUGGCGGCCGCCCCCUCGUGCCAGGGCUGCCCGCCGCGCUGCGAGUGCGCCGCCCAGCUGCGCUCCGUCUCGUGCCAGCGCCGCCGCCUGUCCGGCGUGCCCGAGGGCAUCCCCACGGAGACCCGGCUGCUGGACCUCAGCCGCAACCGCCUGCGCUGGGUGGCGCCGGGCGAGCUGGCGCCGUACCCGCGGCUGGAGGAGCUGGACCUGAGCGAGAACCUCAUCGCCACGCUGGAGCCCAACGCCUUCGCCAGCCUGCAGAGCCUGCGCGUGCUGCGUCUGCGCGCCAACCAGCUCAAGCUGGUGCCCAUGGGCGCCUUCGCCAAGCUGGGCAACCUCACCACGCUGGACCUGAGCGAGAACAAGAUGGUCAUCCUGCUGGACUACACCUUCCAGGACCUGCACAGCCUGCGCAACCUGGAGGUGGGAGACAAUGACUUGGUCUACAUCUCCCACAAGGCGUUCACUGGCCUCCUGGCGUUGGAGGACCUGACCAUCGCCCGGUGCAACCUGACGUCCAUCUCGGGCCAGACGCUGUCCUACCUGCGCAGCCUGGUCACGCUGCGUCUGCGCCACCUGAGCAUCACGGCGCUGGAGGACCAGAACUUCCGCAAGCUGUCGGCGCUGCGCGGCCUGGAGAUCGACAGCUGGCCGUACCUGGAGUACAUCUCGCCGCUCAGCUUCCAGGGCCUCAACCUGUCCUGGCUGUCCAUCACCAACACCAACAUCACCAGCGUGCCCUCGGCGUCCUUCCGCAACAUGGCGCACCUGACGGCGCUCAACCUCUCCUACAACCCCAUCCAGACGCUGGAGCCCUGGGCCUUCCGCGAGCUGCUGCGGCUCAAGGAGCUGCACAUGGUCAGCACGGGCCUGCUGACGGUGGAGCCGCACGCGCUGGCCGGCCUGCGGCAGCUGCGGCUGCUCAACCUGUCGUCCAACGAGCUGGUGACGCUGGAGGAGGGCGCCUUCCACUCGGUCAACAGCCUGGAGACGCUGCGGGUGGACGGCAACCCGCUGGCGUGCGACUGCCGCCUGCUGUGGAUCCUGCAGCGCCGGCGCACGCUCAACUUCGACGGCCGCGCGCCGGUCUGCGCCGGCCCCGCCGAGGUGCGCGGCACGGUGCUGAGCAACUUCGCCGACUCGGCGCUCUUCGACUACUUCACGUGCCAGAAGCCGCGCAUCCGCAACCGCAAGCUGCAGCAGGUGACGGCGCGCGAGGGCCAGCCCGUCUCCUUCCUGUGCCACGCCGAGGGCGAGCCGGUGCCCGCCAUCGUCUGGAUCUCGCCGCAGCGCCGCCGCAUCGCGCCCAAGACCGGUGCGGGCGGGGCGGCGGGCGGAGGCGGCAACGGCCGCGUGGUGGUGCUGCCCGGCGGCACGCUGGAGAUCCGCUACGCGCAGGUGACCGACAGCGGCACCUACAUCUGCAUCGCCAGCAACGCCGGCGGCAACGACACCUACUUCGCCACGCUGACCGUGCGCGGCGGCGGCAUGGGCAUGGGCCUGGGCGGCAUGCCCGCCCUGGACCCGGCGCUCUUCGCCAACCGCUCGCUCUACUACUCCGGCGAGCUCAACGACACCAACUUCAACGGCACGCGUGUCUUCCUCAAGUUCACGCUGGACCUCACCACCAUCCUGGUGUCCACCGCCAUGGGCUGCAUCACCUUCCUGGGCGUGGUGCUCUUCUGCUUCCUGUUGUUGUUUGUGUGGAGCCGCGGGCGCGGCCAGCGGAGGAACAACUUCACCGUGGAGUACUCCUUCCGCAAGGGCGACGGGGGCGCCACGAGCGGCGGACAGGGAGGGGCUCGCAAGUUCAAUAUGAAAAUGAUAUGAAACAACGCAGCCAGGGGCCCUACGGGAGAUGCCUGAAAGACAACCCAACAACACGCACACACACAGCGCUCAGAGAGAAAAAGAAAGAAAGAAAGAAAGAAAGAAAAAAAGAAAGAUAAUGUUUAAAAAAUAAAAUUCAGACAACAAAGUUCAAAUCUUUCGAUUCGAUCUUUCUUUCUUCUGUAGCAGAUUGGUAAUGGUUAGAUGACCUUGAUCUCGCUGUCUCUUGGUUUGAUUCGUUCCCUCUCAGCUUGUGGUAUGAGUGCAGAUUUAACACGGCGAUAAAGCCACACGGUUGGUUUUUUUUCCAUCCUCUCCGUAGCCUUCUGAGUUCAGCCUCACCAUUCUUCAAGAUAAAGGCUUUAAUGAAAAACAAAGUGAAAGACAGGAACAUCUCAGUAAUCUUCCGAUCGCUGCCUCGUGGUGCUGUGAGGCAUUGGCAGCCUUGUUCCUCUUCAUCAUUUUUUUUUUUUACCAUCAGAGAGGAGAGGACAAAAUAAAUGCCCAAUCUUCUGGCGACAGAAUGUUCUGGUGGUGAUGA